UGGCAACUUAGCAACGCAUCAAUAAAUAUAAUAUUUUAGUUUGAAGGUUUGGCUGAAUAUUUACCAUUUCUGAGGAACAUCACAAACGUUCAAGAUGUAUAAACUCGACUUGCCUGUCGAUUAUAAAGAGGCGGCUGCUAUUGAGCGCCGGAGGAAAAUGGAAGAGCAUCGUCAGUCACGAAUUUUUAAUUCAAAAGUCAGAACGAUUGGGAUUGAUGAACAAGCCAUACAACAACAAUUAAGUGAUAAAAAAGAACAGGAAUUGUAUGAAAAAAACAGAUUAGAAGCACAUGCUGCCGAUGCUACUAGAAAUGAUUUGAUUGGUCUUUUACUGGAAAAACGACAGGGGGAGGAUAUACGGGAAUUGAACAGAGCAGAAGUGGAAUUCAGACAGCUUCACCAACAACCAGAAAGCAGGCGGGAAUUUGAUCUCUACGACCCUGAUGCAUUGAAGAAGGAUAAACCCGCUAGAGUUCACGAUGAUGACCCAAGAUGCGGAAUCUCCAGUUUACAGAAAUUCGAAGGAGAAGAUUUAAAUAAUCCAGCCAGAAUAAAACUUCAACAGGAACAGAAAAAACAUUGGCUGGAACAGCAAAAACGUGAACUUGAACAAGCGAAGAGAAAUCAAGAUAUGGCAGAUAAACUUUAUCAGUUAAAACAAAAAGAGUUAGAUCAACGUGCUAUGGAAUUACAGGAAGCUGAGGAACAAUGCAGACGGGCAAUCAAUAUGGCUACAACAGAUUAUAACAAAGCUUUAGAUGAUGAACAGAAAGAACGAGCUAGAUUGAAGCGGCAACAGGACGAAGAUGAUAACGCAACAGAAAUGGCCAAUCAUAUAUUUGGUGAUAUUCUCACAGAAAAUCCUGCCGUUGCUCAAUCAGCGUUUGGUCCCCAUCGUGUUAUUACAGACAGGUGGAAGGGAAUGAGCCCUGAACAAAUCGCAGAAAUUAAACGCCAACAAGAAAUACAGCGUCAAGAACAAGAGAGAUUGAAGCAGGAACAAGACAGAAAAAAUGAUGAAUUUGAUAAACAAAGAGUCGCAAAUGCUCGAGCUGCUUUACUGCUCGAAAGAGAGGCUGAUCGUAAACGUCGUGAUAUUACUAAACAGCUGGCUGAUGAAAAUCGACGUCUGUCACAAGAACAGAAAGCUCACAAAGAUUUCUUGUAUAAAGAAGUAUACACUAAUCCUCCGACCGCUGCUUAUUUCAUGCAAUGGAAUACAACAAGUCGAUAAGAAAACCUACAAACUCUAUAAUCUAUUUUUAAAAAGUCCCAUAAAAAAACUAAAUUUUGAAUGGUAGAUUGAAUUUAAUUUCAUCUCAAUAAUAUGUUGGGUGCUUAUGAUGAUAGUUUGGUCACAAAUAGCUUAAUUUGUUAAAAUUAAGUUCAGCAGAUACAUUCAUGGAUGAAAAUUAAUAUUUGUUCUCAUUGAUUCAAAGAAAAACUUAAAUCCAUCUGGUGUGUGAAAUCAUUGGAGCAAAUGUAAUUUUUGUAUUGUCAGUUUAAGGCAUCAUAUUUUAAAAGGUUUGUAAUAAAUUUUGCAUUUUAUCUGAAAUAGUUUUCAAAUUUUAUGGGGCUGUUGAAAAUAUAGAAUGAAUUUUAUGUUACGAAAAAUCAAAUAAUGUGAUAUAUUUUAUGAAGCUGAACUUCUAUUGUUGUUAACUUAUAUAUGUUAUUUAUUUUAUUUUUAUCGAAGACACAUUAUUUCUUCUUUUCAAAGGAGGUAUGAAUUAUGAUAAUGUGUGACAUUAUUUUAAGGUCAAGGUUAACAUUUUUAAAUUCAAUGUUUUGCCACGAUUAGUCUAGCAGUAAGACACUAACACCACUCUAAUAAUAUACACUGUACCUUAUGAUUUAAUUACGUUAAGCCCGUUGGUCGGAUAUUUUGGAUGGGGAUGAGGCUUGAUCUGAGUUUUAAAUCGUGUAAAUCUGGGUGUCCUCAAGUAGCUGUGACAGUAUAUGAACUGAUUUCCAUCCUUUAAGAUCAAAAGCCACUUUCUUUGCAUCACCCCAUGAUGAGAUACCAAUGGUCUUUACUUAGAGUCUAUGUUGUCAAUCAUCACUUUCACUUGCCAUUUUGGUCCUCUCGAGAUUCUGCCAUAGAGAAAUAAGGCCAAACACAAUUUUAAACUGGAAAAUUGCAUGCAUAUAGACUUAAAUAUAUGAAUUAAAUGCACAUUAGGCCUACCAUAAAAUAAUUAUUUGUUUAAAUUCACAUCUUAUAGACCACGUGUAGGCUUAUAAAGUUUUGUAUAAAUUCACAAUUUAUUUGGGCCAUAGGAUUGGAAAUUUGAAUUCAUGGUCACCAAUAGGUUAUAUAGAUCAGCAUUAUUUCCACGUGUAUAAACAUUUAGUACUCGGUGUAUAUUAAUAACUUAUCAGCAUUCAUUGAUAUUGUAUAUUUUAUAGUAUCCACAGCAUUAGUUAUAUAUUUAAAGAGCAGAGACUUUAUUCAUAAAAACAUCAACCAAAGUAUUUUAAGAAUCUGGGCGUUUAUUUAUAUAAGACAACACAGUUGUAUGGAUGAUAAGCUUUAUUUUAUUCACAGCAUUAGUUAUAGGCUUUAUUUAUACAAACUUGAACUAAAAUAUUUUAAGAAUUCAACACUUUCAUUGGCCAAGAGCUCAAAUGUGUACCAGGAUUAUAACCCUUUAACCAAUGAAAAGGCUGCAUCCUUAAAAUAAUUUAAUUCUCUUGAACAAAGCCCCAGGUUAUGUUUGAUUUGUAUGAAAAGUCAAAUAUCUUUUUGAUUGUAUCGGAUGUCAUUUACACUCCAGUAAAAGUGUUACCUCUAUAUUUAUAAUUUAACAUCUUCAUAAUCGGUGAAUAUUGAUGUAUAUAGACACAAUAAAACAAACUAAAAUAGUGUU